CCCCGGCCCCGCCGGGGAGGUGAGCUGUGAUUCACGGCCUGGCCCGCGGCUCUCCCGGUGCGGCCCCGGGCACGGCCCUCUCCGCCGUCCCUGCGGGGUCGCGGCCUCGCCCGUGCCCGCGGCUGCCGCCGGGCCGGAGCGGUGCCUUUGCCGCGCUCCCGCCAGGGGUUCCCCGUGCGGCCUCCGCGCAGGCCGCGCCGCCCCGGGGUCGAUCGGGAUCCCGGUGCUCGGGGCCUGGAUCCCGCUUUUCAGGGCCAGGAAAGCCGCUGGAAUAGAACAGCCCGCCUUGCGGUCUGCCCCGCGGUGCGAUCCGUGCAGAAAAGGUUGAGCUUUUCACGCGCGUUACCUGGGGUGAGACUUGCGGUGUCUGCGCUGUCCCUUCUUCCCUUGCAAUCACAGAAAACGUUCAUGCAGACUGUUCAAAAUGAAUGAACAUCCUAAAAAGAGGAAAAGGAAGACCCUGCAUCCUUCUCGUUACUCAGAUUCUUCAGGUGCAAGCAGAUACAUAGACAACAGUGGGAUUUUUUCUGACCACUGCUAUAGUGUCUGUUCCAUGAGACAGCCAGAUAUAAACAGAGGCAGGUUCCACAGUCCUGUGCAGAGCCUGGACACGGAUGAUGACGGGAGUCCGGUGCAUGCCGGGAGCUCUCACUGGAGCGGGGCACACUCACAUGCUGGGAUGCACUGCCCAGACCCUAAAAAGAAGGAUAAAGGUAAAGAUAAAGGUACUAACAGUGGAAUGUGCAGAGACUUAUGUGAUUCACCUAUAUUCAGUGACAGCCCCACAGAAGAGGAGAAACCUCUAGAUAUCCAAACUGUAGAAAUUUCUACCACAGAAGUGAAUGCUGUAGAAGUUCACGAUAUAGAAACACAGACUGUGUCACCUGAGAAGCUGGAAGCUGAGGACCUUGAAGAAGUCCCUCUGGAGACCUGUAAAAUCUUUGAGAAGAACCAGGCUUUGAAUAUCACAGCUCAACAGAAAUGGCCCUUGCUGAGAGCCAACAGCAGUGGCUUGUACAAGUGUGAGCUCUGUGAGUUCAACAGCAAGUAUUUCUCUGAUCUGAAGCAGCACAUGAUCCUGAAGCACAAGACAUGUACAGACACUCAUGUCUGUAAAGUUUGUAAAGAAAGUUUCUCCAGUAAAGUGCAGCUUAUUGAGCACGUAAAACUACACGAGGAGGAUCCAUACAUCUGUAAAUACUGCGAUUACAAAACGGUGAUUUUUGAGAAUCUGAGUCAGCACAUAGCAGACACUCACUUCAACGACCACCUUUACUGGUGUGAGCAGUGUGAUGUGCAGUUCUCCUCCAGCAGUGAGCUGUACCUGCACUUCCAGGAGCACAGCUGUGACGAGCAGUACCUGUGUCAGUUCUGUGAGCACGAGACCAACGACCCCGAGGAUCUGCACAGCCACGUGGUGAACGAGCACGCCUGCCGCCUCAUCGAGCUGAGCGACAGCUACAACAACAAGGAGCGUGGCCAGUACAGCCUCAUCAACAAAAUCAGUUUUGACAAAUGCAAAAACUUCUUUGUGUGCCAGGUAUGUGGCUUUAGGAGCAGGCUGCAUACAAAUGUCAACAGGCACGUAGCUAUUGAGCACACCAAAAUAUUCCCCCAUGUUUGUGAUGACUGUGGGAAGGGGUUUUCAGGUAUGUUGGAAUAUUGCAAGCACCUAAGCUCUCAUUUAUCUGAAGGGAUUUAUUUGUGUCAAUACUGUGAGUAUUCAACAGGACAAAUUGAAGACCUUAAAACUCAUUUGGAUUUCAGGCAUUCAGCAGAUUUGCCUCAUAAAUGUACUGAUUGUUUAAUGAGGUUUGGGAAUGAAAAAGAUCUUUUAAGUCAUCUUCAGAUACAUGAGACGGUGUGAUUGCUUUCUUUCCCUGUAAUCAAUUUGUUAGAAUUUGAAUUAAUUUCCAGUCACUGGAAUGUGAUAUUAAAUACAAUUUUAAACAGCAACUGUACAUUUCUAAUGUUUUCAUCUUUAUAUCAGCAUAGCAUGUAUUGCACUUGGUGUUGUGAAUUUCCUUGUCUAGGAGUUUCAGUAGGAGUAAUCACAUUACACUGUGAUGGAUCAGAUUUUGGGGGGGAGGGACAGUGGGAGUAAUUGCAUGUUGUGAUACCAGUUCUGGUGGUCAUCCUGCUCUUUCAUGUCUAGUGUACAAGAUCAACUCUCUUGAGUUUAAAAAGGCACAAAAACAAAGCAAAUAUAUAUGCUUAAAUAACCCAAUGCUGGUCUCAGUUCCACAUCCAACUCAUGUUACCCUGGGUGGCAGCAGGUCACUGCACUGGUGUUUAGCAGAAGCACUGGCCUGCCAAAGUGUAGUAAGUGUAAGUGUAAUGCCAAAGAUAAGGGUUCUCCAAAAGUUCCCAGGCAUGGACAUCUCCAGAUUCACAUACCAGCCUUCAUUUCCCACCUUAUGUUUCUAUUGUCCUGUUUUUCUCCUGGGACACGUUCUGACUUCACUGUUCACUUUGUUCUGUCUCAUCUGUGGGACUGUCCAACACAUGCACAACAUACUUUUCCACAUACGUACUGCAUGACUCCCACAUGAUGUUCCCUUUAUUUACCUUCAGUUCCUGUCUUUUAAUGCACUGAGGAGACACACAUUGCUUGGGUUUGGAUUGGAUCGUGCUCUAAAGAGUAAUUGCAAAAGGAAUUUACGUGAUCCUGCUGAGAAUGUACAAAAUUAAUUUCUUACAUAAAAUCUUAAUAUAGCUCUCACUGAAAUUAUGGAUGUCACCAACCUGACUAGAGAAAACUUCUAGUAGUCUAUAUUAUUGUAGUAAUUCUGUAUAUUUAUAAUUAUCUUUCCAUCACUAGUAACUUGAGGAAUGUUAUUUUAACUCUGUAAAUUUUAAACUUUUAUAUAUGGGUUUAAAAGAACAGUAAGUUAACAAAAUUUUUACUAAUCACUCUCAAAUUAUUUCACACAUCUGUUAAUAUUAUACAAAGCACUAUCCUGCCAUUGUAAUCAUUGGAAGUGAGUUUUUACAGUUCAUUCUGUAGCUCUAUAUCUGAGUGGAUACUUGUACAGAUAAAAAAACAAGAGUGAGGUCACUUAGAUCAUGCUAGAUACCACAGUGAAAAUACUUAUAAUAAUUACUGGUGGAGUUUACAUUUCUUUCUUCAUUGAUUGUAAAUUUGUAAUGUAAGAUUGUCUAAUGCAAGCUUUGUAUAGAGCUAAUUAAUGUAUCAAACAUUUCUUGAUCAGUGAGGUUUGGUGUUAUCAGCUUCAAGGCAUGCAAGGGUCUUUGGAUUUGAUUUUUAAAGCUAAGGAUAAAACUUGGCUGAAUGUUAUCGAUUAAUUGAAGUUCUGAUUUCAUGCAAGGGUCUUUGGAUUUGAUUUUUAAAGCUAAGGAUAAAACUUGGCUGAAUGUUAUCGAUUAAUUGAAGUUCUGAUUUCCAGAGAAGUAUUUCUGGAAAGUCUAUGAACCACUGAUUGUUUAUUUUGUUGUGAGAGGCAAGACCAUUUCUGUCACUUUGAAAUGCUGAUAUACUACUAGAUCUUAUGUUUUGUCAUUGAAAGGGCAACCUGAGGAUAUCUUGCUGUAUUUUAUUACUCCCUUGUAUAGAGAAUGAUGGCAUCUGUGGUACAAUUGCUGAUUUCCUAUUUUGAACACAUUCUUCCCUGGC